GCUCGCUUGAAAAAGCAGCAGACGCAUGGAGCGCACACUCAACUUAUGACGGCUGAGCACAGACGGGACAAGCUGCCAAUAUCUUUCAUUUACACCUCUCUAAUCAAAACAUUUGGAAUAUAUUUGGAGGCACUAUACUGAAGCCAUGCUCCCUUGUAUUGUCCGCCUGUUCUCUCGUAGAGGUUUGCUAUUUUUUUCAAUAUUAUGCGAAGCUGCUGCUUUUAACUUGGAUUUGGAAAAGCCAACUGUGUACAGUGGACCAGAGGGAAGUUAUUUUGGAUACUCGCUGGACUUUUACCAUCCUACACAGAACAGAAACGUCAUGUCGGUGCUGGUUGGGGCUCCUAAAGCGAACACCUCUCAACCAGGAAUUGAGGAGGGAGGAGCGGUGUACUACUGCCCCUGGCCGGCAUCAGACUCUGACUCCUGCCGCCAGAUUCCCUUUGAUAAAUUAAAUAACAGGAUGAUUAAAGUGAAUGGGACCCGGGAGCCUCUGGAGUUUAAAUCCCAUCAGUGGUUUGGAGCCACAGUCAGGACCCACAAAGGCAAAGUGGUGGUGUGUGCUCCACUCUAUCACUGGAGGACUGUGAAGGUCAGCAGUGAGAUGGAUCCAGUGGGAACAUGUUAUGUGGCAGUGCAGAACUUCAGUGCCUUUGCUGAGUAUUCACCUUGUAGAACCAAUAACCCGGACCCCGAAGGACAGGGCUUCUGCCAAGCAGGCUUCAGUGUUGACUUUACUAAGGAAGGGACUCUGGUUGUGGGAGGACCAGGGAGUUUCUACUGGCAAGGUCAAGUGGUCACUGCAGGAGUUGCAGAGAUAUUGAAUGGCUAUUCUUUGAAAACCAUCCUGCGCAAAGUUCAGGGAGAGAAACAGACUGUGGCUGCAUCAGACGCAUAUGAUGACAGUUACCUAGGAUACUCUGUAGCUGUUGGAGAGUUCACAGGUGACUCGGAGCAAGAACUGGUAGCAGGGGUACCUCGAGGAGCACAGAACUUUGGUUAUGUGGCUGUGAUCAAUGCAACAAAUCUGACAUUCAUUCAGAAUUUCUCCGGGGAGCAGAUGGCCUCCUAUUUUGGAUACACUGUUGCUGUGACUGAUCUAAAUGGAGAUGGACUAGAUGAUGUGCUGGUUGGAGCCCCACUCUACAUGGAUCGUGAGAUUGAGAGUAAACCUCGUGAGGUGGGCCGUGUGUACUUAUACCUGCAAGAGGACUCACUGAUCUUCUCUCCUCCCAUAACACUCACUGGAACACACCUGUUUGGUCGCUAUGGAAGUGCCAUUGCCCCUCUUGGAGAUAUCAACCAGGAUGGGUACCUGGAUGUGGCAAUCGGGGCUCCAUUUGCGGGUGAGGAUCGUAGUGGUCGGGUCUUCAUCUAUAAUGGUCAUAAAUCCGGGCUAAUGCUGCAGGCGUCCCAAAUGCUGAGAGGUGAUUGGGUUUCAUCUUCUAUUCCAGCAGGCUUUGGUUUCACCCUGCGUGGAGACUCUGACCUAGACAACAACCAGUACCCUGAUUUGUUGGUCGGUGCAUUUGGAGUGAAUAAAGUUGUGGCCUACAGGGCAAGACCAGUGGUAACUGUGGAUGCUCAGCUGAUUUUGACACCCAGAAUUCUCAAUCCCGAGGACAAGUCCUGCCGCAAACCCAAUUCUGAUGACAUUGUAACCUGUCUAUCAAUAAAAGUGUGUGCUAAAAUCUCUGGGAUUGGAAUACCUGAUUCUGUAGCUCUGAAAAUGGACCUGCAGUUGGAUUGGCUGAAGCAGCAUGGAGCAGUCAAGAGAAUAUUGUUUAUGGACUCUAACCAGCACCACAGAAUCCAAAAUUUGGUUCUGGGUCAGGAGGACCGCCAACAUUGCCACAACUACUCUGUUUACCUGCGGAAUGAGGGGGAGUUCAGGGAUAAAUUAAGUCCCAUCAGCGUGGCACUGAACUACAGUCUGGAUCAGAACUUCUCCCCUCCUGGAUUACAGCUGCUGCCCAUUUUAGACCAAUAUAGCAAGACCUUCCACCAUGAGCAGGUAAACAUCCUGUUGGACUGUGGGGAAGACAACAUAUGCAUCCCAGAUCUCAAACUUUCUGCUACAAUGGAUCAAACAGAACUUUUAAUUGGGGAUGACAACUUGCUUAUGUUGAGCAUUAAUGCAGCCAAUCAAGGUGAGGGAGCAUACGAGGCGGAGCUUCACGUGAUCCUCCCACCAGAGGCGGACUAUAUUGGUGUGGAGCGCAGACGUGAGAAUCUUCAGCGUCUGAACUGUGAGCACCGGACAGAGAAUGAGACCAGAGUUGUGGUGUGUGACCUUGGAAAUCCAAUGAUGGCUGACACAAAUGUGUCGGUUGGUUUACGAUUUUCAGUACAGAGGCUGGAAGAUGCCCCCCCUAACAUUGGCUUUGAGCUGCAGAUACACAGCUCCAAUAAGGACAACUCGAAAAGCAUUCCAGUGAAUUUGACUCUGAGCAUCACAGCAAAAGCAGAGGUGGAGAUCAGAGGUGUGUCUCAUCCAGCUCAGGUUGUUCUGCCUUUCCCUCAUUGGGAACCCAAAGAGAAACCUGUGAGAGAAGAUGAUGUUGGCCCUCAGGUCCAACACAUAUAUGAGUUACAUAACAAAGGUCCGAGUUCAAUAAGCAGGACUGUGUUGGAGGUGGGCUGGCCCAGUCGGCACCUUGAGGAAAACCUCCUCUAUGCUCUUCAGAUUAUCACUGAUGGGCCUGUUCACUGUAUCGUCAAUGGCUCCCUCAACCCACUGGAGUUAGAGACCUCGACUCUACAGGACACUCCUGAGUUAUUGGGCUUCUUGCGGAACAGCAGCGCUCCAACUCGCCACAGACGAUCUGUUACUGCAGCCCAAAGCUACAGCAGCAAAACACUGAACUGCUCUAAUAUUCAAUGCCUGAUGGUGGAAUGCAUUGUAGAUCGUUUGGAUCAAGGGCAAAGUGCAGUGAUCAAGUUUCGAUCUCGACUCUGGGCUCACACCUUUUUGCAGAGACGGAAUGACCACUACACACUAAACUCCACAGUGUCCUUCCAAGUGAGAGACAUGCCUUACCAGAUCAAAGCUCAUACACUCCCACAACAGAGCAAAUCAAUCGGUACGUUUGUGGUGUGGGCGAUUCCUGAUGUUUCCUUUGCCAUUCCCUUGUGGGUCAUUAUUCUGGCUAUACUGCUGGGACUGCUGGUGCUGGCUAUGCUCAGCCUAGCAAUGUGGAAGUGUGGCUUCUUCGAUCGGGCACGGCCACCCAAAGACGAUGACGUGUCGGAUCGUGAGCAGCUGACGGCAGAAAAAUCUACAGAGGCAUGAGGGCAAAAAAGACGAGUAAUAAGAAAAAGAGGACAUGGGAUGAAUCGCCAUGAAGAUAGUGGUGGAGCUGCAUCAGAGUGUUUUGGCAUCUUUGUAGAAGAAUACAGAUCCAAGCCUCUAAAUAAACUACAGCUCUCACACUGGACUGCGAUCUGUGAGCUGGGCCACAGUACCACUCAGAGACAUUUAUAAAUCUUUAUUUAAAAAAGGAGAAAGAGUAAGAACUCAGAACUUUACACUCUUGAUAGAGUGCAAUAUUAGGAGAAUCCAAUGAGCCACAUGUCUAAUGAUCACUACAAUCCUAAGAUUAAUGGAAUUAUGUCUGAUUAACUUCCUAGUAAGCAAGGAAAUACAACUUCUGAUAAAAUAUUGUUGAGCAUUAGUAAUAUAACUCAUAAUGGAAUGGCAAACAGAAAAUGUUACCUGACAGAUAUCACUGAAUUAGGUGCCCUGAAAUAUCAUUCUUGUGUCUGUGACAGCACUCAACUUAUUCUGUUUGUCAAUCAUUUUGUGCAUUCACAGGGCAGCUUACAGCAACUUUAAGAUCAUUUGAUCUCAGACAAUCACCAGCUCCGCACAAAGUCUGUAUCAUUCUGCAGUACACUUCACAUUCUUAACAGAAACCUUCAAAAAACAUUCCAAAAAAGUAAAGAUAACUGAAUGUUACAGAUAAGUAUGGGACUUUGAAAAUAAUAAAAAUUGUGUGGUCUAUAGCAGACUAAAAUCUAGUUCAAAUUUGAUAUUGAAGCUUGUAAAGAAUUGCUCAAAAAGUGCAACGAUGCAAAUAUGUAGAAAUUGGGAGAGGGGUGGGUAUGAAUAGAUCUAAAUAAUAUGUGCAAUAUUGGGACAUUUGUAUAGUUAAUAUGUGUGUACACUGGUUUUAAAAUGUUAAAAAAUUAGGUUCAGGUUAUUUUGUAUAUAAAGUAAAAAAAUAAAUAAAUAAUAAUAAAGAACGUGGUAACACUUUACAUUAAGUUUCUAUUUGUUAACAUUAGUAAAUGCACUAGGUAUCAUGAACAAACAAUUAACAAUAUAUAUGUUACAUCAUUUUAUUUGUUUGUUAAUAAAAAUACAGUUGUUCAUUGUUAGUUCAUGUUAACUAAUGCUGUAAACUAAUGGAACCUUAUUGAAAAGUGUUACCAAAACCGUAUUUGUAAGGCAAAUGGGCUGACAUGGAUGUUUCUUUUCCAAACUAAAGAAGGGAACAAAACACUGUCUUACAGCACUCUAAAUGCAUAGCUAGAUAUGUUAGGUGCAGUAGGCCAACUUAUUUCAUCUGUUAGGAAUUCAUAUCCUUGCAGGUUGCUAGUCUAAAAUGUAGCAAUCAGAACGUGUAAAUGACAAAACAAAAUUGUUCUUUUCUUUUGCUUUUUUCAUAUGAAGGUUUAUCUCAGCCAAAGGCUUUCAAUACACACCGUAUGGACUGAUAUAUAAAAAACUAUUUGAAAAUAAUCUAAGUCAUAAAGAAACCACAUCUUGUCAUGUUUUCUGUUCUGGAAGGACAUGAUCCAUGUUUCAGUCCAUUAAUGAUGUGUUGUGAUGUGCACCCAAGUUUACACAGACCCAAAAUUAAAAAUGAAAUGUAUAAUUAUUCUUGUGUAUGAUUUUAAUUCUCAUAUUACUCUAACUUCUCUUCUGAUUGUACAUACAGUGGAUACGGAAAGUAUUCAGACCCCCUUAAAUUUUUCACUCUUUGUUAUAUU